AUGUCUUCCACAGGUUACGCCGCCGACGACGUCUUGUUCCACAAUGAGAACUUGGCUCGCGUCAUUUCUUUGAACAGAUUGAAGAAAUUGAAUUCCUUGGACACCUCCAUGGUGACCAAGAUUGGUCCUCGUUUGUCUGAAUACGCCAAAUCCGAGGCUGCUUCCAUGGUCAUUUUGACUUCCAAGUCCCCCAAGGCCUUGUGUGCCGGUGGUGACGUUGCUCUGUGUGCUUCGGAAAUCUUGAAGGGUAACCCUGGCUACGCUUCCAACUUCUUCCAGGAGGAAUACAAUGUCAACUACCUCAUUGCCACCUACUCCAAGCCAUACAUUUCCUUGAUGGACGGUAUCACCAUGGGUGGUGGUGUCGGUUUGUCUGUUCACGCUCCUUUCCGUAUUGCUACCGAGAAGACCAAGUUGGCCAUGCCCGAGAUGGACAUUGGUUUCUUCCCUGACGUGGGUACCACUUUCUUUUUGCCACGUUUGGACGACAAGCUCGGCUACUACUACGCCUUGACUGGUGAGGUGUUAAGCGGCUUGGACGCUUACCAGGCCGGUUUCGCUACCCACUUUGUUCCUUCCGAGAGAAUCCCUCAGUUGGUCAAGCGUUUGUCCAACUUGAAGCCUCCUGUGAUCAACAACACCCCAACCGAGGGCACCCUUUUGAAAGACCAGAAGGACUUCUUCAUCCAGGUGAACAUGGCCAUUGAGGAGUUCACCGAGAACAAGUUGCCAGACAACUACAAGUUCCACUUGACUGAGGAGCAGAUCACCUUGAUCAACAAGGCCUUCUCCGAGCCAACUUUCGACGACGCUUUGCAGGUUUUCUUGUACUCCAACACUGAGUUUGGUAAGAAGACCUACGACCGUUUGUCGGCCAAGUCCCCCACAUCUACGCAUAUCGCCUUUGACUUGUUGAACAAGGGUGCCAAAAACAAGAUCCGUGCCCAGUUGGAGUUGGAGAUGGUCUCUGCCACCAACAUGGUCAACCACAAGAUUGAGGAGAACGACUUCGUCAAGGGUGUCAAGCACAAGCUCAUUGACAAGAUCAAGGAGCCAUUCUUCCCUCAGUGGAGCUCUUACGACGCUGAGCGUGUCAGAAAGUUCCAGGAGCCAUCUGUCCACACCGCCAAGCUUGAGACCCCUCUCUUGAAGAGAUUCUUUGGUGUUGACUUCCACCAGUACCCAUUCAACUUUGGCUUGCCAUCCAACCAGGAAAUCGAGAACUACAUCACAGGCCAGGACGGUCUGAACAGAAAGUACUUGCCUACUCCAAAGGAGGUGGUUAGACACUUCAACACCGUGACCAACAACAAGUUGGGUGUAGAGGAGAAGGUGAACAGAGCCUUGGCCUUGCACGGCGAGGCGUCGAAGUAUGACAACAAGUAUGUUUCUUGGAAGGCGUAG